AAUAAAUCCAUUUUAUCAACUCAACCUCUUCCCCUGCACCUUAUCCUCUUCAUCUUCAGAACAAUCCAUUUCAAAACCCUAACAAUGGCGAUGACGUAUGCAACAUCAUCGUCUGCAAUGCUCACACCACUACACAACAGGUCUCCAGUUCUCUUCACAUUCUCAACAACUGCCACAAAACACAAUAUCACCGGGAAAACCAGUAGAAACCAUCAGAUUCGUUGUCAACAACAGCAGGUUCAGCAACGAAAUCUCGCUCCUGUUGAGCAGCGUUGGAUGUUUACUGAUUCAGAUUUCACAGGACCGGAUGUAUGGAACAAGACUUGGUACCCUAAAGCUGAAGAUCAUGUCAACACAGAAAAGACAUGGUAUGUUGUCGAUGCUACAGAUUUAAUUCUCGGAAGGCUGGCAUCAACAAUCGCCAUUCACAUACGCGGCAAGAAUCUUGCCACCUAUACUCCUAGUGUAGACAUGGGCGCUUUUGUAAUUGUGGUAAAUGCCGAGAAAGUUGCGGUAUCAGGAAAAAAGAGAACCCAGAAACUAUACAGGCGGCAUUCUGGAAGACCAGGUGGGAUGAAAGUUGAAACAUUUGAUCAACUUCAGCAAAGAAUUCCUGAGAGGAUUAUCGAGCAUGCGGUUCGCGGGAUGCUUCCCAAGGGAAGGCUUGGAAGAGAUCUAUUUACUCACCUUAAGGUGUACACUGGCCCGGACCAUCCUCAUCAAGCCCAAAAGCCCAUCGAUUUGCCAAUAAGAGACAAGAGGAUACAAAAACAGACCUAGGUUCUCCUUUUCCCUUUUUUGAGUCAUCAUUUCAAAUUGUAAUUCCAAAUUACACAAGCUAUGUAGGGUGUAUGUGAAGUUAAUAUAAUGCCACUUGUUUUGCAAAUUAAAAGCUAAUUCUUGAGCAA